AUGCCACCGGACUCCACGCCAGGCUGCUUCACUUGGAGUGCCCUAGAGGGGAGCAGAGUUGGCCCUAACAACGGCAAAGCAAGGGAGUGCUUUUAUGAGCAGGGUGGCUACAUCUUUCUGCCAACAUGGCAAAAAAUUGUAUUUGGAAUUGCUACUUCUGCUGGCUUUGCUUUAUUGGUGAUGUGCAUUGUCUUAGGUCCUUCAAGAGUUCAUAAUAAAGCUGAAGGAAGUACAACCAGAGCACUCACGUUGAAGGAUAUUUUAAAUGGGACAUUUUCUUAUAAAACCUUUUUUCCAUACUGGAUUUCAGGGCAAGAAUAUCUUCAUCAAUCUACAGAUAAUAACAUAAUAUUUUAUAAUAUUGAAACAGGAGAAUCCUAUAUCAUUUUGAGUAAUGCCACAAUGAAAAGUGUUAAUGCUACAAAUUAUGGCCUAUCACCUGAUCGACAAUUUGCAUAUCUAGAAAGUGAUUAUUCAAAGCUUUGGAGAUACUCUUACACAGCAACAUAUCACAUCUAUGACCUUAGGAAUGGGGAGUUUGUGAGAAGAAAUAGACUUCCCCGUCAAAUUCAGUAUUUAUGCUGGUCGCCUGUUGGUAGUAAAUUAGCAUAUGUCUAUCAAAACAAUAUCUAUUUGAAACAAAGACCAGAAGACCCACCUUUUCAAAUUACAUAUAAUGGAAGAGAAAAUAAGAUAUUUAAUGGAAUACCAGACUGGGUUUAUGAAGAGGAAAUGCUUGCUACAAAAUAUGCGCUCUGGUGGUCUCCUAAUGGAAAAUUUUUGGCAUAUGCAGAGUUCAAUGAUACAGAGAUACCAAUUAUUGCCUAUUCUUAUUAUGGAGAUGAACAAUAUCCUAGAACGAUUAAUAUUCCAUACCCAAAGGCUGGGGCUAAGAAUCCUGUUGUGCGGGUAUUUAUUAUUGAUACCACUUACCCUGAACAUGUAGGUCCCAGAGAGGUGCCAGUUCCAGCAAUGAUAGCUUCAAGUGAUUAUUAUUUCAGUUGGCUCACAUGGGUUACUGAUGGAAGAAUUUGUUUGCAGUGGCUAAAAAGAAUACAGAAUGUUUCCGUCUUGUCAAUAUGUGAUUUCAGGGAAGACUGGCAAACAUGGGAUUGUCCAAAGACUCAACAGCAUAUAGAAGAGAGCAGAACUGGAUGGGCUGGUGGAUUCUUUGUUUCAACACCAGUUUUCAGCUAUGAUGCCAUUUCAUACUACAAAAUAUUUAGCGACAAGGAUGGCUACAAACAUAUUCACUAUAUCAAAGAUACUGUGGAAGAUGCUAUUCAAAUUACAAGUGGCAAGUGGGAGGCCAUAAAUAUAGUCAGAGUAACACAGGAUUCACUCUUUUAUUCCAGCAAUGAAUUUGAAGGCUACCCUGGAAGAAGAAAUAUCUAUAGAAUUAGCAUUGGAAGCUAUCCUCCCAGCAAGAAGUGUGUUACUUGCUAUCUAAGGAAAGAAAGGUGCCAAUAUUACACAGCAAGUUUCAGCGACUACGCCAAGUACUAUGCACUCAUCUGCUAUGGCCCUGGUCUCCCCAUUUCUACCCUUCAUGAUGGCCGCACCGAUCAAGAAAUUAAAAUCCUGGAAGAAAACACGGAACUGGAAAUUGCUUUGAAAAAUAUUCAGUUACCAAAGGAGGAAAUUAAGAAAUUGGAAGUGGAUGAAAUUACUUUAUGGUACAAGAUGAUUCUUCCUCCUCAAUUUGACAGAUCAAAGAAGUAUCCCUUGUUAAUCCAAGUGUAUGGUGGUCCCUGCAGUCAGAGUGUAAGGUCUGUAUUUGCCAUUAGUUGGAUAUCUUAUCUUGCAAGUAAGGAAGGGAUAGUCAUUGCCUUGAUAGAUGGGCGAGGAACAGCUUUCCAAGGAGAUAAACUCCUCUAUGCAGUAUAUCGAAAACUGGGUGUGUAUGAAGUUGAGGACCAGAUCACAGCGGUCAGAAAAUUCAUAGAAAUGGGUUUCAUUGAUGAAAAAAGAAUAGCCAUAUGGGGCUGGUCCUAUGGAGGAUAUGUCUCAUCACUUGCCCUUGCAUCAGGAACUGGUCUUUUCAAAUGUGGCAUAGCAGUGGCUCCAGUCUCCAGCUGGGAAUAUUACGCAUCUAUCUACACAGAGCGAUUCAUGGGUCUUCCAACAAAGGAGGAUAAUCUGGAGCACUAUAAAAAUUCAACUGUGAUGGCAAGAGCAGAAUAUUUCAGAAAUGUAGACUAUCUUCUCAUCCACGGAACAGCAGAUGAUAAUGUGCACUUUCAAAACUCAGCACAGAUUGCUAAAGCUCUGGUUAAUGCACAAGUGGAUUUCCAGGCAAUGUGGUACUCUGACCAGAACCAUGGCAUAUCUGGCCUCUCCACAAAACACCUGUAUAACCACAUGACCCACUUCCUCAAGCAAUGUUUUUCUUUGACAGACUAAAAAAUUAGUAUGCAGAUACAAGCCUGGAUCACCAUCCUAACACUUGGUACAAAUGCCUCAGACUGUUUGCUUAUUUUACUCUUUAUGCUGUUAAAUAUUGUUAUAAACAAAUAAAGGAAUGCUGCCCUAAAGGCUGGGAAAAAAUUAGGAUGAUUCUGAAGUUCAGUCUCAAUAUUGUUUACAUUUUCUUGUACUCUGUGGAAGAAAAUGGAGCCUUACUGUUUUAUGUGGACAGUGUUUCUUUCCACCUUUCCACCUGAGGAAAAAUAUAAAACCAGAAGUUAUUUU